CAGCCGGACGCCAUGUUUCAAGGGCAGCGGGGUUGGUUCUGCCGCAGCGUCGGCAGAGAACUGAGGCAGUUCUGGGUGGCCGAAGGGGGCUCCAUCAGCGACCCAAGGGCCGCCGACUUCCUGUUCAGCUGUGAUGCCUCCCACCCAGACACGCUGAGGAUAUAUCAGAGCCUUGAUUACAUAGAAGAUAAUGCUACAGUUUUUCAUGCCUACUAUCUCUCUGCAGUAGCUAAUGCUGAAGUAAAAAAUUCGGUGGCUUUAGGUCACUUCAUUCUUCCUCCUGCAUGCCUGCAAAAAGAAAUAAGAAGAAAACUUGGUAAUUUUAUUUGGGAACAAGAUCAACAUUUUCAGAUAGAAAAGCAUGAUGAAGUAACACCAAAGGAAAUUGAGGACCUUAAGGAAAGCAGUGAACUAGCAAUAUAUCACAAAAAAGAACUAUCCAAAAGCACAGAAAAGCAUUUUAUAAGGACUCCAGUUAUGGAAAAGCAGAUGUACUUCCCUCUUCAGAAUUAUCCAGUGAACAACAUGGUAACAGGUUAUAUAUCAAUUGAUUCCAUGAAGAAAUUCCUUGGGGAGCUACGUGACUUUAUUCCUGGAAGCUCAGGAUAUUUGGCAUACCAUGUUCAAAAUGAAAUUAACAUGUCAGCUAUAAAAAGCAAAUUGAAGAGAAAAUAAUAAGUUAAAUUGUACUUAUAUCUAGUUAUUUGUUUUUUAUAAAAUAUUAGCAAAGAUGUACAUAAUUUUACACUCUCCCCUUGGGACAAGGGGAUUGGGGAAAUGGGGAAGAAUUUUUCUCUUUCCUUCUCAAAAUGUGUUUUUAAGGAAAUUCAGAAUCAUUUUGGCUCUGUGUUUUGACAUUUGGGCUGGAUUUUCUCCCCAGUUUGUAAUGUUAUGUCCACAAAUCCUGAGUACACAGUUGUUAUAGAGUAAAUGUCAUAAAAACACUUUAUAAGAAGUCUCAGUCUUUCUCUCUCUCCCUCUCUGCCAGAUGCUCUUUUGGCUUUAACAUUCAAUUAAUUAUAUAUGUUUUUCUAGAUUCAAUGUUAAGUUUUAUGAUUCUGAUCAUAUGAUUUUAAUUAAAAAAUUAGAAUGUUACUGUUUAGUUCUGAAUUACUGUUUCUGGCUUGAAAAAUACAGAGUGAAGCACUUUAAUGAUUCAGACUUCAUGUGUGGACAGUUCCUGAUAACAUGUACCAGUAGGAAUUUAAUGUAAAUGAGUGUUGUAUCCUCUGGAAUGAAUCCUCAAGUCACCUUAGAAUCACAGUGCUGGAAAGGACCUUGGAGCACAAUGAGGAAGUGAAGGCCUUGAGAGCAUGUCUUGUCUAGGGUGACUAGUUGGUUGCCAAAACAGGACUAGAACACAACUGUCUUGAUUUUCCAAGCCAGGGCUUUCCCACUGUUUCACAAUGGUAUAUGCUGUAGCCUGUGACAGAUAUAAGUGACAGUAGAUCUGCAAAGAGAACCCAGAAACAAGCCAAGAUGCUUGGCUUGUUUUCUAAAAAAGCUAAAAUAGUAAUGAGAUAUAAUGAUUUCAAGAGAGCAACUUCUUAUCUUUAUUCAUAUGGUCAUACUGUGUCGAAUCUGUUGGGUUUAGUACUUUUUGAAGAUUUGUAAAUGAUAUAUAUUUUUUGUGAAGCUAUCAUCUUUUUAAAACUGUA